GCCGAGCAGGUGGUUCGCGGCCCGGCGGCGGCUGUCGUCCACUCGGCCGACCUGCCGGUCAUCAUGCACGCCGGAACGGCCACAGUCAGCGGACUGCGCCGAUACACGCGCGUCGUCGAGCGCGACGAGUACAAGCAGCAGCGUAAGCCCAAGGGCCUGGCCAAGUUCAUCAGCCAAUCGGAGGCGGACAAGGAGAAGGCGCGCCAGGCGCUCAGCGAGAUGCGGCUCAAACCCAGCAUGUGCAACAACUACGUGUGCCGCAUCUGCUACCCGCCGCAGCGGUUUACGGCGCUCUCCUCGCUCCAGUCGCACUACAAGAGCCACCUGGGUAUCAAAGAGUUCACGUGCGAUCUGUGCCAGAAGUCGUUCACGAGGAAGAUGUCGCUGGACUACCACAUGCUGAUCCACGCGCACAAGACGCGGUUUCGCUGCGACAGCUGCGGCCACGAGUUCCGACACAAGUCGCACUUCACAGAGCACCUGCGGCGCCACACCGGCGAGACGCCGUACGUCUGCUCCGAGUGCGGACAGGGCUUUAAAGCCAAGAACUCGUACCGGCGUCACCUGGAGUCGAAGCACGGACAGCGGCUGACGCAGACGGGCAACAUCGUCAUCCUCUCGGAUGACGAGCACCGCAAGCUGUUGGAGCGCUCGCACCACGAGGAGCGCUCCAGAAAGCGCAGACUGCUGGCCGGCUCGCCGGGGCCGCAGAGCCCCAGCAAGACGGGCUUCUCGGUGGUGGACGUGGUGGUGCGCGAUGCCACCGGUCAGGUGGAGUACAUGUGCAACGUGGACGGCGGCGGCGGCGGCGCCGGCUCGCUGCAGCCGCCCCCACGGGUCAACCUCACCAGUUCCAUCGGUAACUAUGACGUCUACUACUCGUUCGGUAACGUCGCCAGCUCGCUGUCGGUUUCGUAG